UCUUGAUUUUCAGUUUUCUCAAUGCAGAUGAUUUUUUUUUCUGCUUCUAAACGAGAGUGGCUUUUGCUUGCUGCUCUGUUAAAGUUCUUUGUUUCACUCGUUUGUAUUUUUGGCCAAAGGUUAAUACUGUUACAAGCUCUCUUUUUCUUAUGAGGCAAGUGAGUCUGAUCCAAUUCCUUUCUUUCUUUUCCCCCUCAUUAAACCCAAGAGUGCGCCAUUCUCAAAGCAAGGGCAGAGGAGAAUAUUUGUUCUCUGUUUCAUUUGAGUCAGCAUAUCUCCUUCAUUUUCUUGAGAGACUGGAAUAAUCUAAUUCUAUUGUUAGGUCGCGCUUCUACAGAGAAAACAGCUUGGGCUUACUCUUAAUUGGUGUUGAACGGGUAACGUUACACGUUCUUAGUGCAGCGUAUUUCAGAUCGUGAGCAUGGAUUUUCUGUCAGUGAUCCACCUAUUCCCAAACGUCAAUGGACAUAUAUUUUUCAUCCCGUUGAUAGGUGAAAAGGAUGACUUCUGUAGCCCAUGGCUACAUCAAGCUGGUGCGUGUGCUGUUUCCAACUGAAAUGUCAGCGGGCGGGUUGUGAGUUGAGAGUAGAUCUUUUUCUCCGAGAGAGGCCAGUUCUUUAAUAAAGCUUUGUUCUAUUCAGAUACUACAGGAACUUGGCAAACAGUCGACGACACGGAAGCCAACUUGGAUUAAUGUUUACAAUAGACCCCAACGUCAAAAUAAUAAUGUGACGUAGCCAGAGGCUGUGCUAAGUGUGCCAUUAUAAAAGGCGUGAUCGGUAUUUUAUUUUUCUGGAAAAGAAGGAGGAUACAGCUGCUUCUAAGAAUGUUUACAAUUAGAUUGAUCACGGAUAUCGUUCUGUACUGCAGCAUCUCUGUGAGUGUUGGCCAUGUAAUUACCGGGUUGGCAGUAGUUUCGGUCACCGGUCUGUUUCGUGUGAAUCGACAUGUUUCAUGAGUUUUUAUUGUCUGAAGAAGUUUUCACUGUUUGUGUGACUUAUUUCAUCACUGGCAUUUACUUUUCCACAAGACGUACCUCGGACCAGUUUUGCUCGUUCCCGAGAAAGUUUAGCGUGAGUAGGCAGAGCUGUUAUUUCCUCACUCGGACUGCAACAGUCGCAUCGAGUUCCGAGCUCAGUCUCUAAUGACCAGGUGUAGACGGUGACCCACUUUACAACGCUUGCGAAAUCCUUGAGUGACAGUUUCAAUCACGCACAUUUUCAGAAAUACAAACAAGUGUAAGUAAAACUGAGCGUCAACUUAACUUCUUAAAGUUCUGACGAUAGGCAGAUGUCGUUGUGACGUGGCGUUUUGACCACUAGAGAGGACAGCGUGGAUUACACGUGGUUGGAGGACGCUGGUCGGACGCACGUGGAUUCCUUUCCAACCGUCUCUCUACCUCCCUCUCUCUACACCUAUUUCUCUCUCUCUUUUCCCAUCCGCACUUCCCUCUCUCUCAAUCUCUCUCUCACUCUCUCUCCUCCUCUCUCUCUCCCUUCCCCCUCUCUCUCUUUUACUCUCCCUGAAGCCGUCAGUCUCUGGGGCGUAGGAGGGGAGCGUGCCAGCGGGACUUGUUGAGCCGCCAGCCCUCCUCCCGCCCCGCCGUGUGCCACGAGAGUUCGCCACUAUCAGCGGGCCCCGGUCCCAGCGGACGCACAGACAGUCGUGAGCAGUCCACAACAGGACGACGCCCACCCGUGCUGCUGUAUGCUCGAGCCUGCCGCCGGAUGCUGUCGUGAAGCUGUCGCAGCUGCCCAUGUCACCGUAGGCCGAACGCGCACUGCCCAAAAUGCGCGCUCGGUUACAAUGGGCGAACAACGGGCACCAGUGACGGCUCAGGUUCUCGGCCGUAUGGUGGCUGUCAUCCUUUUAGUGCUCAGCCACUGCCUCACGGGCUGCGCGGGAGUCCUCUCUCCUCUUUCUCACACACAAAAUCUCGGAACCCAUUUCGGCAACCGGGAGCCAUUAGAAAUGGUAUCGUCGCCGUUAUCGUCGCCGUCGUCGUCGUCGCCGUCGUCGUCUCCUUUGGAUGGAGUCUCUGUUGUGGAUGGUAACUUGGAGAAGUCGGAAACCUCUGAGCAUCUUAGUGGAUUGACUUCGGGCAGCAAAGGUUGGGAUCUGGUAUCUAAAACAUAUAACGAUCGGCCAAAGGGCUCGAAAGAGGAUGUACAUUUUCACACGUAUUUACAAAACCUUUAUCAAAUAAAGAGUGGUGAAUUAAGGGGUGGGCGAGUGGACGAAGGGAAAAGGUUGAAAGUGGAUAAUGGUAAAGGGUAUUUAUUAAGAAGUCACGAUGACACAAACUCUAGAAUAUCUAUCAAAGGUGUGCAAUCGGGUGGUGCACCCAAUGAUUUGUUAAAGAGUGGUAGCAUACGAGGCGAUAAGAGCUCCAGCGGGGCUGUGGUGAAAGUGAGAAACAAACAUUCACCAGCCUCAAACGCAGAUGAUGUUAGGGAUAAAGAUCACUUUGCAUCGCAAAUCGGUUAUCAGAAAAGAAUUGGCGACCAUCAAAGUAUUGGACUAAGCCCCCGCCAUAUUUACGGAGACAACACGAAAUACUCCACUAAAUAUCUGCACGGAGAGUCGACCGGAAAUCGGGACACUCCUAUCUCGUCCAAUCACGGAACUGAGAACCGUCAGGCCAAAGAAGUUGGAGGCAGGUCAGAGAUCGCAUCUGACGGGGUGGAUAGUAUUGACAUAGCCCAAUUACUGUCUGGGAAGGGCCAAGUAGCAGAAAUAAUAGCGUCGCCUGGUGUGAUUAAUGGUGUGAUAACAAAUUCUGGACACGGCGAAAAAAAUUCCCAGGAUGGUACCAAGCCAUCUGGCCACAGCAUUGAGUUAGGGGAAGACGAUUUUGAAUCUCUCCAAGCGCUCAUUCAGGAAACUGUCCACAAAAUGGUGGAACGCUUAGAUUUUAACGUUCUUUCUCACGAGGAGCGCCAUCAUGGGUCGGACGUUUCGUCGCCGCCGUCGUCCUCGUCAUUUUCAUCGUCAUCGUUCGCUGACACUCAAAAUGGCGGAAGGCUACAAGACCCGAAGCAUCAAAGUAUUAAGGCGAAACAUUUGGGUGACAAAAAUUCUCUGAAACACUGGGAGAAGAAUUCAACAGACGAACAUUUCUUAGGGUGGCAAGAACAGUUUGAAGAGUCUUACAAUCGCGUCUUGAACGCUCUUUUAGACGCUACCGUCUCUCAGUCUGUGCCGGAGAACUUUGAAUUCUGGAGAAAUGUAUCCAGCAUUUUGGAUAGCUCUAUCUACCUCAGCAGGACCAAACGACGCAGUCCAAGGCGACGUUCGCGCCAUCCCGCUUUCAAGGCCCGCUUCCUGCAGCACAUGCGCAGACAAUUAGCGAUUAACUAUGGUCACGUGACCCCGUGUGAGUACAAGGACCGCUUCUAUUGUAUGAAUGGCGGGACGUGCGUCAUUAUUGGUACCCUGGAUAUCAAAACGUGCAGGUGCCCCAUUGGCUUCACGAACACUCGCUGUCAGGAGAUCGACCAGGAGUACAUCCUUAGCUUACUUAGUAACUCCCUCGUCUUCAGCUGAUACCCCAGGCAGUGCACUGGACGCCUAUGGUGACGCAUCAGGUCGCUGACACAGUGUCUAACGUCAUCACCACAUCAUGUGCACUCAGCCAGGAAAGUGCGUCAGUCUUCUUUGGUCGAGAAAUGGUCACGUGAACUUCGACCUGGAAGGAGUAGAGAAAGGAAGCCGAAUAUAACCACUCGUUUUACUACUAUCAUGUGCAAUGAAACUAUGAUGCCCAUAAUAAUAUAGCGAAUUUUCUCUCAUCUUAAAGUGUUAUGUUUUGCUUUCACGUUGAAAAUAAUAUUCAUUAAUCUUUUUUCUUUUAAUGUUGAACCGUGAUUUUUUAAAAGUUUAAUCUUUAAUUGUAUGAUAAAUAUUCUAUGGCUAUGUUUUCUGUUAUUCAUUCAUUUCUAUGAAUAUUCAAGUGUUACAUAAUUAUAAUGUGUUGACUGAUGUCUGUGUGUCUUAAAUGGAUGGAGAACUGAGGGCGGAAAGAUUUGCUUUCUCCUAACUGUUAUAUUAGACUGAGUGAUGUUUGUCAUAAAAUAAAAUGUCGUACGAAAUAGUGGAAAA